CAGAUUUUCUGUCCUUUGUUAAGUACGAAUCACUUGGCUGUUACAAAGACAAAGACAAUGGUGUAAGAGCUAUUCCAUCCAUGGAAGGAAGCGACGUUCUUCUCAAAGAUAGCUAUUCACAGAGAAAUCAUGCUAUUCAAAAGUGCGCUGUGGCAGCCUUGACACGGGGAUAUAAAAUGUUUGCAAUUCAAGAUGGCGGCAUGUGUGUUGGUAGCCCCAAUGCACACAAGGUGUAUGGCAAGUACGGUAAAUCACAGGAUUGUAAGAAUGACGGAAAAGGAGGAGCCGGGGCUAAUCAGGUUUACAAUCUGACAGGAACCAUGGAAGACAUUCUUUCGCCAUUUUCAUAUUAUGAUUUGCGAAGGCUUGGAUGUUUCCAUGACUCACAAGCUCGUGCCAUCCCUAGCCUAGAAGGACAGGACCCUGUGCUAGAUGGCGACCACACUACAAGACGAGAUGCCGUAAGGAAGUGUGCUCUCGCAGCCAAGAAGCGGGAACAUAAAGUGUAUGUUGUUAUGUCCAACGGGCAGUGCUCCAGUGGCGCCGAUACUGCAAAGAAUUUUGCCAGGUUUGGCCACGGCGAGAAUGGCUGCUCAGCAAUGAAAGAUAUCCACAGAGUGUAUAAUUAUGAUUAUGACAGCGUUGAUGUCCUGCUACCAUAUAUGGAGUAUGAGUCUGUUGGAUGCUUCAAAGACUCAAGUGAACGAGCUAUUGAGAGCGUGGAGGGAUUUCAUCGCUAUUUUCCAAGUGUAUCUCUACUAUUCUAUGAUUACAAAACACGACAACAAGCAAUCCAGAAAUGCGCUGUAUUUGCAAAGCUAAAAGGGUACAAGAUGUUUGGAAUUCAAGAUGGCGGUUUUUGUGUUACCAGUGCCAGCGCUCAUGAAACAUACAACAAAUACGGUGAAUCAAAAGAUUGUAAAAGCGAUGAGAAGUGCUGUGGAGACUGUUUUUGGCAAAAUUUUUAA